AUUUUCAGGUUCUGAACACAAGCCCAGUUUCUGCUUCUGAUGAUCAUUUUCAAUAGAGCAUAAAAAACAGAGCCAUGUUCCACGUUUUUACGGCCUCUGCACUUGGCAAAAUAUUCUUCCCGAAUGGCCUCACGUGUGCUCCCUAUCGUCACGCCUUUUCAGCUAGGCAACGCUCAGAGUCACACCUGAGUGGAGGCCGACGCCCCUUUGGAGGCGACUUCAGCCAUAAAAAGUCCUGCUUGGAGCUGGUUUUAGCCACAGAGGGCCAAUAAAUGGCCCCUUCUGAAUGAGGUGCCCCUGCACCUCUGCAGAGCCUGCUGCCAGCCUCCGGGAUCUAACUGGGCUCUGAUUCACUGCUCCCAACCCCACAUCCAGUCCCGUGGAGUCUCCAUCUGAGCCCUUUCCUCGUCCAGGCAUCCCGAUGUUGGUGGAUGGCCCAUCUGAGCGGCCAGCCCUGUGCUUCUUGCUGUUGGCUGUGGCAAUGUCUUUCUUCGGCUCAGCUCUAUCCAUAGAUGAAACACGGGCGCAUCUGUUGUUGAAAGAAAAGAUGAUGCGGCUGGGGGGGCGGCUGGUGCUGAACACCAAGGAGGAGCUGGCCAAUGAGAGGCUCAUGACGCUCAAAAUCGCUGAGAUGAAGGAGGCCAUGAGGACCCUGAUAUUCCCACCCAGCAUGCACUUUUUCCAGGCCAAGCAUCUCAUUGAGAGAAGUCAAGUGUUUAAUAUUCUAAGGAUGAUGCCAAAAGGGGCUGCCUUGCACCUCCAUGACAUUGGCAUCGUGACUAUGGACUGGCUGGUGAGGAAUGUCACCUACAGGCCUCACUGCCACAUCUGUUUCACCCCAAGGGGGAUCAUGCAGUUCAGAUUUGCUCACCCAACUCCCCGUACAUCAGAAAAAUGUUCCAAGUGGAUUCUGCUGGAGGAUUAUCGGAAGCGGGUGCAGAACGUCACUGAGUUUGAUGACAGCUUGCUGAGGAAUUUCACUCUGGUGACCCAGCACCCGGAGGUGAUUUACACAAACCAAAAUGUUGUCUGGUCGAAAUUUGAAACCAUCUUCUUCACCAUCUCUGGUCUCAUCCAUUACGCACCAGUGUUCAGAGACUAUGUCUUCCGGAGCAUGCAGGAGUUCUAUGAGGACAACGUGCUUUACAUGGAGAUCAGAGCCAGGCUGCUGCCGGUGUAUGAGCUCAGUGGAGAGCACCAUGACGAAGAGUGGUCAGUGAAGACUUACCAGGAAGUAGCUCAGAAGUUUGUGGAAACUCACCCUGAGUUCAUUGGAAUCAAAAUCAUUUAUUCGGAUCACAGAUCCAAAGAUGUGGCUGUCAUCGCAGAAUCCAUCCGAACGGCCAUGGGGCUCCGAACCAAGUUCCCCACGGUGGUGGCAGGGUUUGACCUGGUGGGGCAUGAGGACACUGGCCACUCCUUGCAUGACUACAAGGAAGCUCUGAUGAUCCCCGCCAAGGUUGGCGUUAAGCUGCCUUACUUCUUCCACGCCGGAGAAACAGACUGGCAGGGUACUUCCAUAGACAGGAACAUUCUGGAUGCUCUAAUGCUGAACACUUCCAGAAUCGGCCAUGGAUUUGCUUUGAGCAAACACCCCGCAGUCAGGACUUACUCCUGGAAAAAGGACAUCCCCAUAGAAGUCUGUCCCAUCUCUAACCAGGUGCUGAAACUGGUGUCUGACUUGAGGAACCACCCUGUAGCCACUCUGAUGGCCACUGGGCACCCCAUGGUGAUCAGCUCUGAUGACCCAGCUAUGUUUGGUGCCAAAGGCUUGUCCUACGAUUUCUAUGAGGUCUUCAUGGGCAUUGGGGGGAUGAAGGCUGACCUGAGGACCCUCAAACAGCUGGCUAUGAACUCUAUCAAGUACAGUACCCUGUUGGAGAGUGAGAAAAAUACUUUCAUGGAAAUCUGGAAGAAGAGAUGGGAUAAGUUCAUAGCAGAUGUGGCUACAAAGUGAGGAGAAGCUAGCCAGCCCUCUACAAGCUGUCUUCUUGCACACGGUGUCACUUCCCCUCACUCGUUCUUGAAUCAGCUCCAUGUGCCCAUGAAAUCAAUGGCCUCUGUAUGGAGCGACCCUGUAAGAAGCACUUGGCUGGCUGAGCAAAUUCAUCCUCUGGAAAUAUUCUCUCUCAGCCACAGUGACAUUGACCCUCUUGGUUUUCUCCUCUCUCUGGCCAUUUCUUCCAGUUUCCCUAUUUCAGAGUCUUCUCCUGUCUCUGAUCUCUGUGCUGUUUCCUCAGGACUCAGUCCUGGGCUCUCUUCUAUUCUGGUCUCUUUAUUUUUUUAUUUUUGUAUUUUUUCGAGAUGGAGUUUUGCUCUUGUUGCCCAGGCUGGAGUACAAUGGUGCGAUCUCAGCUCAGUGCAACCUCCGCCACCCGGGUUCAGGCAAUUCUCUUGCAUCAGCCUCCCGAGUAGUUGGAAUUAUAGGCAUGUGCCACCACACCCAGCUGAUUUUUGCAUUUUUAGUAGAGACAGGUUUUCACCAUGUUGGCGAGGCUGGUAUCCAACUCUUGACCUCAGGUGAUCCACUCACCCCUUGGCUCCCAAAGUGCUGGAAUUACAGGCGUUAGCCACCAUGCCUGGCCUAUUCUGGUCUCUUUAACUCUCCUUUAUUUCUCUUCUCUCUCUGUACACUUUUCCUGGGUGGUCUCAUCCAUUCCUUUGCUUUUUCAUACCAUUUAUUUGUUAAUGAUUCCCACAUUUAUUUAUGCACUUGGAGAGCUCACAGGAAUCUCAGAAACUGAUGAGGUACAAUUCUGAACCUUCAGUCUCUUCCCUUUAAACCUUUCUUUUUCUCUACUUUAAUUUUUCUAAAGAGUGUCUUGCUAUGUUGCCCAGGCUGGUCUCCAACUCCUGGCCUCAAGUGAUCCUCCUGCCGCAGUCUCCCGAAGUGCUGGGAUUACUGACAUGAGCCACCACACUCAGCCCUUUAAACCUUUCCCUGGCCUUUCCCAUAGCUGGUGAAGGACACCUACAUCCAUUCCACCCAGUUGCUCAAAGCAGAAAUUUUCAGUGCAAGUCUUGAUGCUGCGCCGUCCCCCACUCCCUACAUCAGAACGCAUCCCUCAUCUGGACUCCAGCGGUGGCUUCUUGAUGCUGCGCGGUCCCCCACUCCCUACAUCAGAAUGCAUCCCGCAUCCAGACUCCAGCGGUGGCGCUCUACCUGCACGCUGUUGUCAAGUCCAAGCUACCAUACUCCUGCCUGAGCUAUGAAAACAGCCUCCUCACUGAUCUCCCCUUUCUUCCCUUUGCCUCCUCCAGCUCAUUUUUCACAGUGUAGAAUGACAUUUUGUUUGUUUGUUUUGUUUUGUUUUGUUUGAGAUGGAGUCUCGCUCUGUUGCCCAGGGUGGAGUGCAGCGGUGCGAUCUCAGCUCACUGCAACCUCCACCUCCCGGGUUCAAGCGGAUUCUCGUGCCUCAGCCUCCUGAGUAGCUGGGAUUACAGGCAUGCACCACCAUGCCCGGAUAAUUUUUGUAUUUUUAGUAGAGAUGGGGUUUCACUAUGUUGGCCAGGCUGGUCUCGAACACCUGACCUCGUGGUCCACCCGCCUCGGCCUCCCAAAGCACUGGGAUUACAGGCGUGAGCCACCCGGCCUGGCCUAGAAUGACUUUUAAAAGAUCAAAUUAAAUCAGGUCACUCCUUUGCUUACAACACAGUGCGUUUAGAGGUACACCCCAUGUCUCCACAGGGCAUACAGCAUCUGAUUUAAUCUGGAUCCAUUCCGGUGCCUUCCUCUCCCAGUCACCUAGAGGGCCCCAACCCCGGCGGCCCUUUCUUCCUCAAAUGUCCUCGGCUCUAUACCGUGCCUGGCUCUUUUCUCUUUCUCUCUGCCUGGAACAUUCCUUCUUUCCCCUUUUGUCUUGCCCACUCCUGUUUACCCUUCAAGUUUCAAGUUCAUGUCACUGUCUCAGAGAGGUUUUCCUGUGCUCGCCCUGUUUCUCUCAGGGAGCCUUGCUCUUUUCCAUCAUGCCUCUAAUCACAGUUUAUAAUCGGAUAUUUAUUUCUGUGUCUACAGUCUUGCCCUGCCAGACUGUAAGCCCCAUGUGGGCAGGCGCUCAUGAUUGUUUCUGAUUGUUCCACGCAUGCUGCUAACCCAGAGCCUGGGCCCAAAGCUAGUUAGUACUCAAUAAACAAUGCAUUGAAUGA